AACGAGUGAAAGUGUUCUGCAAAAAUUCAGGAAAAGUUUUUCGUUGCGCUUCUACCGAAAGGGCUUCGGGGGCAGUAAAGAUGGUGACGAAGACGAGUCAGAUCUGCCCUCCCGGGAGUCGCCCACCCCCACCCCGCCUCUCGGCACCGCCCCUGCAGCCCCCGCACCUCUAGUCAACAAGGAUGAUACUUCGGAGAAGUUCAGGUUUGGACCAUUGAUUUGGAGAUCGAGUAAAGAGAGAAAGAAAGGCAAGAAGGCAGCAAGGGAGGCAAAGUGCAAUAGUGGUGACAGUGGCAUUCAAAUUGAGAUGGUGGGACGGACAACUGGUGAUAGUUCUGAGUCGCACGAUACCGACCACUUGUGUGACGAUGACAUUGAUAGUCCGCCCGCUGUGAGACGACGAGGCACAACCGGCUCGGAGGGCAAACCGUCGCGACCGACCUCAGACGUCAUCAACCAGAUCCUUAUCGACAAGCUGCGCGCCGAUCUGGCCGCACACGCCGUGACGCGCCGGGGUGGCGCACACGGGGCGCGCAACGUGCGACGAACGCACUCCGAUCUCGGCGGCCAACGCCUGUUCAACUAGAUGCGCAACAGUUACCGGCGCAUUCAGCACCCGUCCCCCAUCAAGAUCAGGCCCAACCUCAGCCCGCGGAAGAGCAGUAACAGUUCCACGCAGGAUCUCAAUGUUAGGACAUCGAAACGCUUUGGAAUCCGACCGACUGGCAUGAGGAGGUGUAUCAGUCAACCACUAGGCAUCAACGAUCUCUCGCCGCUCAUGCGACGGAAACCUUCAGGAGCUAGAAACCAAGUUCUUAGUGAAGAUGAGAGAGGAGCGACAUCAGAUGAUGAAAUGCUCUCUGAUUCCGAAUCAUCAGUUGCGUCACUCAGCGAAAGGAAGAAAUCUUUCGAACUGGCGAUGGACGAGGAGGUAGUGAUCCUGGCAGAGGCAGUUUGGGACCACGUUGCCAUGGAGACGGAGGAGUUGGCAUUCAGAGCGGGUGACGUCAUCGAGGUGCUCGACACCCUGGACAGGGACUGGUGGUGGGGGGCACGCAAUGACACCGUCGGAUGGUUUCCUUCCGCUUUUGUCAGGUUGCGAGUUAGCCAGGAGGACACGGUGGAGGACUGUUUGGCGGCAAUAGCGUCGGGAGGCAGCAAACAGCUGCGACGCCGCACCAGCAUCUCGCUGCUCUCCAACGACCAGGUCAGGUCCAGAGUGGUCCGCGAACUCAUCAAUACCGAGCGUGAUUUCGUCAAAGUACUGCGUGAUGUGGCAGAGGGUUACCUGACUGAAUGUAGAAGGCGAAACGAUAUGUUUAGUGACGAACAGAUCGCAACUAUAUUUGGUAAUUUAGAACAAUUAUUAGAAUUCCAGUCCGACUUCCUAGAAGACCUCGAGAGGCAUGUGGACUGGGACACGCCCCAUAAAAGCUGUCUGGGUGAUACGUUUCUCAGGCAUGUAAGUAACGCCAUUGAAGUGCAAUAUCAAA